AUGUAUCCGCCGCCUUCUGCGCCGCGUCAGCCUCUUCCUCAAGAUCACGCCGCCAGCGUCGAGAGCGGCGUCGGCAAGAAGCGCGGACUGCUACGGCGGAUGCUAGAUAAAUGUGAGAUGAAACACGAAAGCGAUUCAGAGCCCAUGGCGUUCGACCCCGUUUACUCGGCUUCCGUACAGCACACCGAAACCAGUACCGCACUGAAAAAAUCGCUACAACCGCCCCAACUAAAACCAGAGUCGCAACUGUUGGGGCAGCUCCAAAAGCAGCACCAGCAGCAAAGGCAGCAGCAGGCUAAUCAGGGUGAUGCAGAGCCUGAAAGGGCCUUAUCCAGCCCAAAGCAGAAAACACCCCUGGAGUUUUAUCCGCUUGAGAGCAAUGUACGGCAGUCGCCGGCAUCUGCCAAACAGCCCAUAACGCCGCCGCCGCCGAGUUCACCUUUUGACUUUCCCGGCUUACGUCCCCAACGGCAAUUUAGCGCCACGGCGGCAGCGGCGGCGGCGGCGGCGGGGGCGCCACAGCAUCAUCAUCCACGCCGUACAGAGGGCAGAGUUCCCAGCGACGAUAGCGCCUGUGCUCGUCCAGCAGCGACGCGGAAUACGGGUGCGAGCGCCGGCCAUGGCGGCGGCAGCGGCGGCAGUGGCGCGGGUAGCGCUGGCGACGGCUUUUGUCCAGCGCCGCCGUCGUCAUCGUCGGCGCCGCCGGAGGUGCUCCGUCGUCCUGGCUUGGACGGCGGGACUGCGGACCGUCGUGCAGAGUUCGCGUUCGCCGAUUUGACCACCCUGGAGCUGACUUCCUCUCCGUCAGCGGCGGCGGGGGAAAGGCCCUCCCUGGAGAGCGGGGCCGCCUUCUCAGCGGGUUGGCCAGAAUCAGCCGUACCUUCCGCCGUCGCUACCUUCGCCGUCAGCAGCGCCAUAUCGGACAGCCGCAUAGCCCAAUUCACGACAGGAAAUAGAGCUGACACCACGACAACAGAGCAGGGUCUACAGACGCCGCCGCCGCCGCCGCCAGCGGCGGCGGCGGCGGCGGCAGGGAUAGGCAGUGGCGACGCUAGCCACGGUAGGCUGCGACGGAGCUUUUCAGGAUCAGCGGAUGUACGGCAGGAGUUGCUGCCUGCCGUACGAGCUUCGAAUGAUUUUAUGUUGGGUGCGGAGAAGCACACGGGGACCUUGAUGUUGUACACGCCGCGGGGCGGCAGCUCCGGCCAGGCCUCUGGCGGCGGCGCCGCCGGGGCAGCGGGCUCCCCUGGCGACGCCGGCAGUAGCCCAUUUAGGUUCCGGACUGACGGAGCGGCGGCGGCGGCGGCGGCGGAAGGCUCCGAAACUUGUCCAUGGCGGCCGCCCGCCUGGCGGUGCUCCACGACGGGACAUUCAGAACUGAUCGGCAAUUCCCUCCGCUUCGCUCCGCCGCCGCCGCCGCCGUCCGCCUUGCCGCCGCCGUCAACGACCUCACAGACCAGCCCGCUAAGCCCGGAGCGAAGCCCCGACGGUGGCGCUAUGCAGCGCCGUCCAUCGUCACCGCCGCCACCGCCGCCGCCACCGCCGCCGCUGCUACAACCGUUACCCUCGUCCACCGGCCGCAGCGACGGCGGCGCCGCCGCCAGCGUUGCUCGCCAUCUUGGUCUCUUAGCGGCGGAACCUGCAGGCGCGGGCAUUCCAUCGUCAGAGUACGACAGGUGCGGCAGCGGUGGCGGCGGCGGCAACGUUUGUAUUGCAAGUACGCCGCAGGAGCUGCGGGGCUCAAAUGGCACGUCGCCCAGCGCCGCGGUAAUGGUGGCGGCGGCGCCGCCGCCACCGCCGCCAUCAAGCGGUUCCUUUAGAUCGCGCAGUGGCGGCGGCGCCGUGGCGAAUUGGCAACAGUCUGAGUUGUACCGCCUAACUGCGCCGGACAAUUCGACUGUCGUACAUGAUGGACGUCAGUCGCCGGACCAAGCACAGGCAUCCCCGGAGCACAAACAGCCACUUGGCGAGGCUGCGGCGGCAGCGGCGGCGGGCGACGUCCUAAACAAUGCUGUGCAGGGUACGACAUGUGUACGACGGCGCGGGGAACAGGUAGCGGAUCUGGAGUCUGCGGCGGCGUUGCCGAAUGUUGACGGCGCGGAAGUCACCGCCGGAGGCGAGGCAGCAGGGGCCGGCGGCGGCGGCGACGGUGGCGGCGAUGGCGACGGCGGCGGCGACGGCGCCACGGCCGGUGGCACCGCCGCCGCCGCCGCCGCCGUGGCGGCUGCGGCUCUGGAUACACCUGAGGCCGAGGACAGCAGCGGCGAAUUCGGUCCCGAUGCCCCUGUUGCGGGCGGCAGCGGCGGCAACGGCAGUACGGGGCGGCAGGCCAUUAUGGACGAGCUGGAUCGUUUUAUUCUUCAGAUCCAGGACGAGCUGACUGAGGUGGCCGUACAGCGCGAACACACCAGCUUUCGGCUACGCCUGAUCGCGUCCCUGCUAGAAACUUCGUCUCGUCAUCCAACUGCUAUUCCAACUGCCGCCUCAACGGCCACACCAACCGCCACGCCAACCGCCGCAACUACCGCAUCCUGGGAUCCUACCGGCGGCGGCGCCGCCGCCGCUCCCCCCCCAGUGUCCGCAUUGAAUGAGCGGUUGUUGGACGAGCAAUGGAUGUUGCGGUUGCACCUGGCGGCACUGGAGUCACGUGAUGAGCUGUUGCAAUUCGCGGCGAAGGAGUGGGCCAAGGCGCGCGCUGUGAUGACAGGUGUGCGUGUAUCUCGGCGCCAGGCAGGGCCGUUGCAGGCCAUACUCUUCUCAGACACACUCGCACGCAUAAGAGCGUUCCAGAAAGAGCAACAACUGCAGCAGCAGCAGCAACAGCCCACGCCGCCGCAACAGCCGCCAGCUCCACAUGAUCAUCAUCAUCAGCAGCAGCAGCAGCAUCUGCAACAGAAAGUGCUUCACCCGGAUUUGAACUCAGAUCUGGAUCAGCGUCGUACAUCAAUGCCCCCGCAUGGCGUCGGUCUGGUUCGGGAGGGGUCGGCGCGACAACUGCUGACGUCGUCGUCUACAGCGGCGGCGGCGGCUGCCGUCGCCGCGACGGGACCCGCCGCCGACUGGCGGAGCGUCAACAGCGGCGGCGGCGGCGGCGAACGCUCAGGACCCGGUUCCAGUCAGCCUCCGCCGGCGCUGUUAGGUGCUCAAGAUCGUGAGCGGAUGAGGCCGCCGCCGCCGCCGAGACAGCCGCCGCCGCCGCCGCCGCAGCAGCAGCAGCAGCAGCAGCAGUCGGCCGAGAGCCAGAGCCUUCGUGGCGCAUGCAGGCAAUCGACCUUGGCGGCGUCGCCGCGAAUCGGUGUCGCUGGCGGCGCCAGCGGUGCCAGGCUGCCGCCGCCGUCGGGUCGCGGCGGCGUCGCCGGGGCCUGUCGUACCAGGCGCCGGCUACAGCCCAUCUUAGAGCACGGCGGCAGUAGCUGCGGCGGCGCCGGGGGUGAGGGGAAAUCCUUGGGAGAGGUGGCCGCCGUCGCAUCAGUCGGACAAGGUCCUGCUGGGCAGCAGUACGACGCGUACGGCAGUCAAGGCACCAGCCGCUACCUGGCCGCGUCGCAGAGGUCCGCCGCAGUCCCCGGCGGCGGCAGCAGCGCCGGCGGCGACCUUGACUACCGUACGGCGGCGGAGCCGCGGGUGGAUGUGCGGAAUACGUACAGUAUGUACGGGGAAUACGGCAGACCCUCGAGGGCCCCGCCAACGCCACGGCAGCAGCAGCAGCAACAUCGGCUCCCAGACAGCCAACAGCGCGGAGGCGCCGAAGCGGAGUACGACGACGACAUGUACGAGCAGAUGUACGAUUAUUUGGAGCAGCACUUAUCGGCUCAACAUGCCUCGGAGCACUGUUUCUCCGUGAACGACAACUGCGAGUACGACAAUUAUGAUGAUUUCGUACAAGGGCCGGUCAUGUCGCCUAGUCGCCCGGGCGGCGGCGGCGGCGGUGGCGGGGAUGAGGAAGAGGAGGAGCUUGGGGUUUGCGAGGAAGGGGAGGGGGAAGGGGAGGGGGAAGGCGAGGGGGAGGAAGGGCACGAGGGUAAGGCCCAGGAUGGCGGUGAAGAGUACGACACCGAGGAAGACUCCGAGCUCCAAUCUGCGUUCUUAGCUUCUUGCAUAACCCUUGCUCGUACAUCUUUGGACAUCCAAAGCCCUUCCAGUGCAGCGUACGGCAAUCGGUACGGCGCCCCGUACACAUCAUCCUCACCGUACACAAACCGUGGCCAUGACGCGGAGGACGAGCCGGAGGUGGUGGUAGAGACGCUGGACGCGUACGGCAGGUACGCUGCCGUCGGCGUCGGCGUCGGCGGUGGCGGUGGCGGGAGCUACAAGUCGCCGCCGUCCGCUGCCAGGUGGCCGGCGCCACGUGCAGUUGCUGGCGGCGGCGGCGGCGGCGGCAAGGCGCGUGUGACCCAAGGCGCGUUUGGAGGUCCACGUACGGCGGCAGCGACGGAGUCGAUGCCGGCACCGCCGCCGCCACAGUCGUUUCAGCAGGGUUGUCACGAAUCAGGGGGUCGCCCUACGGCCACCCCCUUGUCGACGACGCCGGGGGCAAGACCAUGUUCCCAAUUCCUACAGUACAACCCGUACGACAUGUCGUCACCGCAUCACAGCGGUCGUCCGAUGUCGUACCAACCGCAAGCGAUGACCAACCGGCAGCUGCAGCAGCAGUACCAGCUCCAUGAGCACCACCAGCACCAGCACCAGCACCAGCAGGCGUUACGACCACCCCUCGCCACCCGAAGGCCGCCGCUGUCCGCGUUUCAGAUGGCACCGGGGCUUUUGGCGGAAGGGCUUCAGAAACCGCUUCACCGCCUGUGA